CAACUCUAGGUGGCAGAAUGCACAUUUUGAGCAGACGUUUAUCAGAAAUUGAACCCGUAGAAGAAGGCGAUGAAAAUGGCGGCUCCUGGCAAACAGUAUGGAUUGAUAUUUCCUUCAAAGGCCAAAGCAGCUACCCUGCAGAGGCCCUCUGUGUUUGACGAUGACUCGGAUGAGGAGGUAUGAGCAGUGGUCAGGUAUCAGUCGGGGAAAGUUUGCAGAAGGAAGCGGUGAAGAAGAAGAUGAUGAAGCAGACCCGCCUGGAAAUGCAGAAGGCAUUGGAGCAGGACAGCACCGUGUACGAGUAUGACAGUGUUUAUGAUGACAUCCAGAAGAAGAAGGAGGAGAGCGGCAAGCAGCUGCUGAGCGCCGAAAACAAGAAGCCCAAGUACAUCGCUCAGCUAAUGCAUGCGGUAGAGGAGAGGAAGAAAGAACAGGAGCGGAGGGAUGAGAGGAAGAUACAGAAAGAGAGAGAGAUGGAGGGAGAGGAGUUCAAGGACAAAGAGGCCUUUGUGACCUCGGCCUACAGACAGAAGCUUCUGGAAAGACAAGAGGAGGAGGAGAGGCUGAAGCGAGAGGCGGCUGCGGAAGCUGCAAUGGAUGUGAAGAAGCAGAAGGAUCUGAGUGGGUUCUACAGACACCUGCUGAGACAGACAGUGGGAGAGGACAGACCAGCGGAGCCAUCCAGAGCCGGAGAGCCAGCCGCUGAGGGCGCACGGACGUCCCCCGGGGCGUCGCCGCCCGCCCACGACGCAGACGCAGACACGCCCUCUCACGGCGACGGUAGGCUGGAGUCGGAUCGGCAGCCGGCGUCCCGGAGCUCCCACUCCAAACGGCAGUACAGACACCACUCCCCCUCCUCAGACGAGGAGGAGCAGGAGGCGCAGGAGAGCGGGGACCGAGAGAGGAGCCGCAAGGACAAAGGAGAGGAAGGUGGACACCGCGGACGGAAAGAUGAGAAAGAACGGAGGCCGGAGGAGUAUGAGGAGGACCGGAACAGAGGGAGGUGGAAGAGAGAGGAGAGGCAUGGACAGAAGGACAGGAGAGAAGAGGAGAAACAGAGAGAGAGGAACCAAGGGAGGGAGAGAGAUGGAGAGAGAGACCGGCAUAGAGAGAGAGACCGGGAGAGGGACCGUGAGAGAGACAGAGACAGAGGGAGGGAUAGAGACAGAGACAGAAAUAAUGACAGAAACAGAGACCAUGAGAGAGACAGAGAGAGGGAUAGAGACAGAGACCAUGAGAGAGAUGGAGACAGAGAGAGGGAGAGAGACAGAAAUAAUGACAGAGACAAGGACAGAGAUGCGGAGAAAGAACGGAGGGGAAGAGAGAAAGAUGGAAAAAGAGACCGAGAGAGGGAGAAGGGGAAGGAGGAGGAGAGACAGGAGGACAGGAUAGCGGAGGCUGAAGAGCAGCCGGAGGCUGAAGAGCAGCCGGGGGCUGAAGAGCAGCCGGGGGCUGAAGAGCAGCCGGGGGCUGGGGAGCAGCCGGGGGCUGGGGAGCAGAGCCAGGCCGGCGCUGAGGACGGUCCGGCCACUGAGCCCAGCAAGUUCGCCAAGCGCAGCAGCGACGAGACCGUGCGCUCGGCCAGAGAGCGCUUCCUGUCCCGGCAAAUCGCCCGCUCUGCGGCCAAGACCUACAUCGAGAAGGAGGAGGACUGAUUUGUGCCCUUACCCGCACAAACUUUAACACUCGCACCAGUGGGGUUUGCAGUACUGUACAUACACUGUGCAUGUACUGUACAUUUCUUUACGAACGUUUCUUACACGUGGGUACAUCUCCAAUAAUGCGUUGGUUUGAUCUCAUGGAAUAAUAUAAAAUAAAGUUGGGGAUUCUAACUUCCUUGUAUGUGCAUCUGUGUUAAAAAUGCAUUUUUAAGCUAACUUGAGAAGACAGGGCUCAUCCUGUUAAAGCACUGUUCCAGUGUGUGUUUGGGCUGUGUGGUCUGGUGUCUGUUAAGGCACUGUUCUAGUGUGUGGAUGAAACCCCACAGUCUAGUGUCUGUGUUAGGCACUGUUGUAGUCCAUGGAUGGGCCCUAUGACCUUGUAUUGAAUCAGGACCAUACCAGUGCCCACUGGCCAGCAGCACCGCAAGCCGACAGUUAGCUCUAGCAUUGCCCCGUGAAUGGAGGUCUUCAGCUGCUGUCUCAUUGGAUACCAGUGGCUGUGGGGUUUUCCUCGCCUUGGAUACUGAUGCUGUGGGGUUCUACUCUCCUUGGAUACCAAUGGAUGUGGGGUUCUCUUCUUGGGGACCGAAGGCUAUGGGGUUUUCCUCCUUGGACAACAAAGGCUAUGGGGUUCUCACGGAUACUGAUGGCUCAGAGGCUUCCCUUCAUUUGUAAACAUUGGUGUGUACCAGUUGUCUUUGUCAAAGACACAGGAAUAUCUGUGGCUACCAUUUUGUUCAUUAGGGGUUAAACAAACUUUUAGUUGUAUCCCUCAUAGCAGUAAAAUAAAUUCUGAUUAGUGCAGCCCUGUUCCUCGACCAUUUGCUGUCUGCUGUACACUGGCUCUGUCCCUGUCCUCAACUAUAUUAUCAGUAACAUGACUUGGUGUGUAAGCAUCAUGCAAGAAGUGCGUCUUUUCAUCCAGUAAUAUUUUAACUAGGUGUGUGACUUCUAAUGUUAACAAAAAUGCUGAAGGAAAAUCUCUGAACAAUUUUUCUUUUUAAAGCAGUAACAUUAAAAUAAUUUAUGAACAUU